AAGGAAUUUGCACAUUUUCUACAGUGAGGAGACAGUUAAUCGAGCAACAUGUUGAAGUUGUUAAUAAUUUUUUUGGCUGCAGUGGCAGCAUGCUGUGGACAGGUGCCAAACAUGAGAGUAUCGUAUACCCUGUUCAAAAAGAAUAACCAAUUUAUAGGUACGACUAUUACUGAAUCCGUACCUGGAAUUUUCAAUUCAACACAAGAUACAAUAUUCUUAAUACACGGCUACGCAGGUAACACAGUUGUAAGGUUCAACCAAUUAGUCCGGGACGCUAUUUUCGACUUCCGUAAUCCAGAUGAUUACAACGUCAUUGUGGUUGACUGGACACUAGAGGCGAGUUUCAGUUACACACAAGCGAGGAAUAAUGUGGGAAAUGUUGCUCGCAACUUGGUCAAUUUUAUACAAUGGUUAACAUCAGAUCCUACUACAACAACAACAACAACAACAUCAAUAACAACGACAACAACAGAACAACCUACAAUGACAACAACAGCACAACCUGCAACAAUUAAUGUAGAAAAUUUUCAUUUUGUUGGGUUUGACCUUGGAGCACACGUUGCUGGUAUAGCUGGUAGAAUUCUUCAGGAAGACUCUCAAUUGGUUGGUAGAAUCACUGGUUUGAGCCCAUCAGGACGUCAGUGGGGUGCAGGUUCCGAACGCUUGAGACGAGAUGAUGCCAGAUACGUUGAAGUAAUUCAUACGGACACUUUUGGUGUCCUUGCCAAUGGUAUCGAAGAUCCUAUUGGUGACAUAAACUUUUACGCUAAUGGAGGAAAUAAUCAACCAGGCUGCCUCACACACUCUUGUUGCCAUGACCGCGCUUUCGAGCUGUUUGCAGCAUCAAUGAUCAACCCCAAUCUAAUUGGACGUGGAUGUACCUCAAACACACAGAUGAACCUUAAUUUAUGCCGAUCAGGUGAACUUAAUUUAGGUGGCGUUGAAUUAUCCAAGACUGGAUUGAAUAUCUACAGGAUCAACACAUCAAGAAGAUAUCCGUUCUAUUAAAACUAAUACUGAUUAAUGACCGAAUAAAUACUUAUAUUCCACGA